AUGCCCGAGAUGGAAAAGGGGCGACCGCCGGACAACAAGCGCAGCAGGAAACCUGCUCACCCCGUCAAGAGAGACGUGAAUGAAGACAUGAAGAACUUUGCUGAAAACACAAUGAACGAGCUUUUGGGCUGGUACGGGUACGAUAAAGUGGACCUGCAGGAGUCCGACACCUCCAAUGUACAGAACCGUCCCAAACGCAAUCAUAUAUCUGUACUUAAAGAGAAUUCAGUGCCAAAGCCACUCGCAGUAGAGAGGAAGGUGGCAUCAUCCUCCUCAGGUCCUGUCAGAAACGGCGAGAGAGAUUCAGCAGUCGACCAGCUCUCACCUUCAUCAUCGUCAUACUCUUCCUCGGCAUCACCACGAGUGAAGCAGCAACACAACAUGAACAUCAUCGUACCGCUCAUCAAACCUUCUGCUGUGGAGGACAUCCAGAAUGAUGAGAUCGUGUGUGUUUGGUGUCAGAAGGAGGGAAUGAAGCGUUAUUCUCUGCUCAUGGGUUCAGAGCUCAAGAGCUUCUGCAGUGAAAAGUGUUUCGCUGCCUGUCGGCGUGCAUACUUCAAACGAAAUAAGGCUCGAGAUGAAGAUCGCCAUGGCGACCAGUGUCCGCCCCCCGGUCAAACCCUGGAUACGCCCUCAAGACUUUUGCUGAAUAUGAACAACAACACACAUGUGUGUGAUUGGUGUAAACAUGUCCGUCACACUAAAGAGUAUCUGGACUUCGGUGCGGGCGAGGAGAGGCUCCAGUUCUGUAGCACCAAGUGUCUAAACCAGUACAAGAUGGACGUGUUCUACCGGGAAGCCCGUGCGGCUCUCACCAGUUCUGGUUCCAGCGCUGCCCACAAAGAUGAGGAGAACCAUCUGAAAGCGGGUGUUGGAGAGAACCAAAAACUCCUCACUCCAGAGUCCUGGGACAGCUCACCGGCUAAAACACUCUCACCCAAAACCCCAACGCCCGCUUCUACAUCAGUGUCAGUGCUCCACACCACAUCAUCCUUGUCAUCAUCAUCUUCAUCGCUGAAAACACCGAUCACAACGACCCAAUCGAGGGAGAGAUCAUGUCCGCCGCAUAUUCAGACAGGCGGCCCAUCUCAUGUAACAUUGGAUCAGCCACGCCCACCUCAGAUUACCCUUCCGUUUGUCCGCCUGCCCCACCAUGCCCCGGGUCUUCGCAGCCCGCUUCUUCAUCCACCCCGUAACCCUCCUCGCCCCGCUAGCCCCAUCCAGCGACCUCCACACCCGCCUUCAUUUGCCCCCCUACACCCGCCCCCUUUGCUUCCACCCUUUCCUGCCUCAUACAUGCCUUUUCUCCCUGCAUAUCCUCCCCAGUUGCCCCCACCAUGGCCGCAGCCAAUGCUGUUAUUGCCCUACCCCGUGAUCAUACCCCUCCCGGUGCCAAUUCCCAUUCCCAUCCCCGUAUCUUCACUUUCGGGUCACAAAGGGGUGAUCCGAAGCCUUCAGAAGCAAGAUGAGAAUGAACUGGGCGUCCAUACACCUGAUCCGGGUCACUCCAGCUGUGACGAGACCAACAAAGAGUGUUUUAACAGAGUGAAAACAGAACGGACACCCUCUCCUCUCAUGCCCGCUUUACCGUCCACAUCUGUUGGGUCUUCGGAGAGACAGGUGAUUCAAUGUCUCCAUAGACAAGCCAUUAAAGAGGAAAGCCACAACACACACACGCCUGAAUCGCCAAUUCAAACGUACACCACCCACAUCUCGCAUGUUUUACGCAAAGCACUUAAACACUAUGGCAACACGACGUCUGUGGUGACGCCUACACCCUCAUUGGACAAUAAAACUGCCACUCCGGCAUCACUUUAUUCAUUGGCCCGGUCAACCGCCAUGCAGGUCGCUUCCGUAUCGUUGGAUAGUUCUCACCCAACAGCAGACUCCGCCCAUAUCCCGUCUCCUCUGUCUGAUUGCGAGGAUGUAAAAGAAAACAGCUAUUUGGGUGGGCGGGAAAAUGGCUCGACCAAUACCUGGUCAGUAGAGCAAACGGACUGCCAAAGUGACCAAUCAAAAACGAGCAGUUUGGCUGAGGAAGCCCCUCAGGAUGAAGAGCAUACGUAUUCACAAUCCGUACCGCCAAAGCUAUGUGAGAAAAACUCACAAACGAGGGAGAAAAGCUCACACAUGACUCCGCAGGGCUCGGAGCCAAGCAACAGAGACGAUCCGGAACCUCCUGUCAAGAGACGAUGCUUGAGAAUCAGAGACCAGAACAAGUGAGAGCGGUUUGUUCAGUGGUGACAUGAUAGAGCACAGGGUUUGAAAAGUGUGAUGUGGUGUGUGGACAUACAGGGGCACAUUCACCCACCAACAAUGCCCUCUGGUGACCCUCAGUGCCAGCAAACCCACAUCCAGAUGCCCUUGUCCAGACGCCCUCUUUCAGGCUCCGGGGAAACAGCAGGGGGCAGCCGGACUCGAUCCACAGAGGAUCAUGAGUCGUCAGGCAGAGAUCAGUGAUCCAGUUACACUUUAACUGUGUGUGUGUGUGUUUUCUGCAUAGCAUCUACAAAGCCAGUCAUUGUUCCUCACUGCCAGCCCAUCCUCACCGCCUGUGUGUGAGUAAGUGUAUAUGUGUGUGUGUUCAGCUGUGGUGUAGGGUUACCUGUCACACUGGUGCUUUGGCUACAGGGCAUUUUUAGACUUCAUCUAAAGACUACCCAGUGUACACACAUACACACACACACACACACACACACACACACACACACACACACACACACACACACACACACACAUACACACAAAUAUUAUUGAGCUCCUCAGAGAACAUUUAGCACAACUGUUUUAUGAUUCUACAUUCAGGAUGGUCAGCUUUGAAAAAUCAGAACCAGCUCAUGAGCAUUUCAAACCUGAAUAUGGUGCCUGUUAUGAGAGAAAUUCUACAAACAUUCGCCAAAGUGAUGAAUCCUGUUUUAACUUGCCAACAGAUGCUCAGCUGAUACCGGAAAAUUCUAUUAAAGAUGUGCAAACAAACAAAACUUUUGUAAGUGCGAACAGAACCUCCUGGCUGCUGAGAUUUAUGUGUUUAUUGUCACGUCAUCGUUUAAGGUUUGGAUAAAACCUCCCUUCUGAAAGCAAUUGGAACUCAACAUUUGUCCUGAGAAAACACUUCCAUCACUGUCCAGCAGAGAGAGACAUUGAUAUUAAAACAAUUUUCACUUGUAUCUAUGAUACUCUGAGCUGUCCAUCUGUUAUGAAUGUUCAGUAUUUAUUAAUAUGAUUAACUGAUUUCACUAUAACUCACCAGAGUCUGUUUCUCAUAUUGUAAAUGUACAAUAUUUCACAACAGUGCCAAUGGAUACAUCUUGCAGUUGCAAUGCAUUUUACAGAAUGCCAAACAAUUGACAAUAAUGGGAAAAGAUAAUUGUAGCAAUCUUCAUAUGUUCAAAGAUGUUUCUUGCUAAAUAACAAAGUGUAAUUGACUCAUUUCUGUGUAUGUUUUCCCUCAUGUCCAGAUAUU